AUACUAUGUAAAUUUCAUAUAAGCAUGACGCUUAAUAAAACCUUUAGACCAUGACGGUUAUUAACGUAGACGCUAGAAAAAAAAGAAGCAAAUAUCAAAGAUCUUGAACGAAUUUGUUUCAUUUUGGUCGUUGCGAUCGUUCAUAUUAAGUGUUUAUAGAAAACAGUCGACAGGAAAAACUAUGUCUGGUAGAGUGGCUGUGUUGUUAUUCUUUGCAGCGACAUUUUACACUGAGUUUCCGUUUGGAAGUGCUUACAAUUGGAAAGCUUUUCCAGAUACAGAGACGAUAAUUAUAUACCCGGAUAAAAAAUCGGCGACGAUGACAUGGAAAUGGUCAUUACAAAGGAACACGAAACUGAAUAAUGAAGAAAUAAUAACCGGGCUCGUCAUCAAGAGGUUCCAAGUGGAAAAGCAACUUGCCACAGAAAAAGAAAUUGGAAAAUAUUUAUAUGGUGGCCCUGGCAAUGAGGAAAUUGAGACUGAUGAUUCAUUAUUCUCGCUGCGUUUUGAAAAGGGAGUAGUGGGAGGCAAAGAUGGCUUUGCAGAAUUCACUAUCAAAGAUGUUGCCAGACAAGGCAACAAUAACGAUGGUUCGCCCGUCAAUGUUGAAACUGGAAACUAUACGUAUAUCUGCGAAAUGACUUUACUUUACGUUGUAAACAAUCCUGGUCCAAAAUCGACGACACUGAUUGUCUAUGAAAAGCCAUCAUUUACAAACACACCGAAGAGUAAACAAACUUCGAGCAAUAACGUUACCCUUGAAUGCACUGCUAAAGGAAGACCGCAACCAAGAAUCAGCUGGACAAUCUUAGAGACAUCAGGAGAAAGCAGGGUAACUGAAUCACAGACUCGACUAACAAUCAAUCCAAAGAGUGAUUCUGGUGUGUACAAUUGUACUGCUAGAAGUGUUGCAGGCAGUGUGGCAGCUGUGGCAGCUGUCCAGUAUAUAGGAUGUGACUCCACAUGUUCCACAGAUAGCAUGGGUAUUGAAAUGACAGGACUUACCUUUAAAAGUGACUAUGAAAAUAUAAACUCCAAAGAAUCUGAGAAGUUAAAAAAUAUCAUUGAGCAGGAAUGUUUACGUGUCUAUGCUUACUAUUCUCCAAACAAGCCAAUAUAUUCUUGUAGAGUACUAGACUUCAGGAGUGGCAGCGUUGUUGCCAAUGUACAGAUUACUUAUCCAUCUACAGUYMGUAACCCAAGAGAGCCCUUGGAGAAAGCAAUUGAAACAGGCACAUUUGCAGGACAAGCUGUAAAGAAGUCAUUUGUCAGUCCUACGAAAGUGCCACCACACACAACAUCUCCCCCAAUGACUAUAACUACAACAGGGGCCUAUAUUUCACCUACGACUACUAUUUCGACAACAGUAGAAACAAAAGCAAGUUCAGGAGGUUGUCGGGUUUGCUGUAUAAUCCUUGGUGUGCUAUUUGGUGUGUCGCUGAUUUUCAAUGUCAUCUUCGUUGGUUUUUUUAUUUGGAGGCAUUUGACAGAAAAUAACAGACAGUCGAACGAAAGUGAGAACAUAAUCGGAGUAGGAUACAUGAGUACGUUUGCUCUUCAAGAACAACCAACCAGUACUGAUGGACAGAAUGUGGUGCAGUACGAACAUGUUGGCAACGGUAGAGAACAAGAAUCUGCUAACACGACCAUGUACCAUUCAAUCAGCCCUCACACAGAUACUUACAGCUCACUUAGUCCAAGCACUAAGCUACCUCCUAAGCCUGCAGGCAUCACGAUCAGUGGUAUCUACCAAGACAUUCCAGCUACUUCUCAACAGUACCAGUCUCUGGACAGCUUUAACCGAGUCUAGACUGACUUGUUAAGUCAGUUACCUGGCCAAACUUGAAGGAUGUACUUCACCUAGGGAGCGAGAAAAUUUAUUUUUAGUUCUCAAUACAUUUAUUUGUAUUUUUCACGCGCGUCCAUAGGC